CUGGCCUCUGAUCUCGGUUCUGGUUCUGGACUCCGGUUCUGGAAGGACAUGUACCAGGGAUACGAUUCUUCCAGCUCCUCUCCCUCUGCAGAGUCUCAGUACCUCUCAUCGGUGGAUUCUUUUGGGAGUCCCCCCGCAGCUGCUGCACAACAGGAGUGUGUGGCUCUGUGUGAUGCUCCGUCCUCUUUUGUGCCCACGGUUACUGCCAUCACCAGUAGUCAAGACUUGCAGUGGCUGGUCACACCAGCCCUCAUCUCCUCUAUGGCUCAGUCCCAACCUACGCCAGGCCCGUCACUGGACCCUUAUGACUUGCCGGGCCCCAGCUACGCCUCUCCGUCCAGAUCAUCUUUUGGUCAGUCAGCUGCCACACCAGGACCAGAGGGUUCCCGGCCCACCCGUACCCGUAAAAGAACCAGGGAGGAGGCGCUGACCCCCGAGGAGGAAGAGAAGAGGAGAGUACGCAGAGAGAGGAACAAGCUGGCCGCCGCCAAAUGUCGGAACAGAAGACGAGAACUUACCGACCGAUUGCAGAGCGAGACGGACAUUUUAGAAGAGGAAAAGUCCACACUGGAGGCCGAGAUUGAUGAGCUGCAACGACAGAAAGAACAGUUGGAGUUUGCUCUUCUCUCCCAUCGAUCAACAUGUAAACUUCCCUACGAGGAACCUGACCUGCCCCCCAGUGACCCAGCUGUCUCCUUCCCCCAUGGAGGACUCCUGCCAUCGUAUCCCCCCCAACUGGAGGUAUCCUUCCCUGUCUGUUUGCCCCCCCUACCGGACACAGACUGUGCCAUCGGCCCUGGAGCUUACACCUCUUCAUUUGUCUUCACCUCCCCAGAGGGAGGAGCCUGUGGAAGCCGGUACCAGCGCAGCAGCGGAAGUGAGCGCUCAUCCUCCGACUCGCUCAGCUCCCCCUCACUCCUGGCACUCUGAGACAUAAAGUUCAAAACCUCUUCCUGCACUUUCUUCCCACUGCCACCCAUCUGACAGCUCCUCGCCAUU